CUGUGCUCCCUGGGCCAGCCACAGCCCUUCACCAGGUGUUCAAUCACCAGUUCAAGCCGUGGCCAAACAGAUCCCCUACAGAUUCUUUCCUUAAGUGAUGGAGACAACGUUGUUUAAAUCCUCUCAGCACAAUUUUGAGCAUCCUCAAACCAGAGGAAGAUAAACAAGACCAAGACAGAAUCAUAUCCAUUCUUGGGUUGAUGCUGGUGACUGUCUGAUUGGCCUGGAAGGAAGUACAUAGGAACACACGGAACACUCCUGCAUUGCUUACAGUCAUGUCUUCAGCACUGCAUAAUACAGUGGUGGGAAAUUAAUGCUGAGACAGUGUUGGGUACCAUUCCCUGUUGCUGGCUAUUGCAGGGGAGAAGCUCAACAGACCAAGCACUCUUCUGGCCAGAAUCAAGUGGAAAUAGCUCUGCAGAAGUGACAGACGUGGCUGUGAAACUGAAUGUUGUAAUCAGUAAUAAUGAAGGUAAAAGGAACAGAGUGACUGGUGAAUUAAUUCUGCUUGAUAGGGUGAAGCUUCCAGACAGCUCCAUGCAGAUGGCAGUGAGCUGAUGCUGAUGCUCUCAAGGAACCAGUGAGCACGGUCAGAGCCAUCACCAUGCUUGAAUGAGCCUCUACCACUGAGAAAGGGGAUUCUGUACCUUUUAAAACUCCUUCGUGACUUUCAACUCUAUGGCUGCCGUCAUUUCUCAUCUUGAUUAUAGGUUCAGAAAAAAAAAUGUUUUAAAAAUAGAAACGUCAGCCUGAUCACAGAAGUCCUAUGAGAGGAACCUGGAGUAAAGUUUUAUAAGGACAAAGGAAACUCACAACCCCUUUCCUGACCAUCUGAACUUCACAAAGCAUCUGGAGAAGCAUGACACCCUGCAGAUACCUGCUGUCCUGCUGGGAGCUCUGGGGCACAGCCAGCCUGGCCAUUUUCUGCUCCUUCCAAGGUAGAGGCCACUUACUCAAGCUCUUGGCUCACAUCUCCAAUUUGACAUUUAGAAGGAACUCUGGUCAGGAUUUCAAGGGGUAUCCCAAGCUUGGAUUAGUGUGUUUCCAGCCCUGCAGGAUGGAGUGUUUAAGGGAUUAGGCCUGAGCAAUUUGAUUUCUGCACACUCCUCCUCUCCAUCCCUGACCACAGCAGGGGUCUGGGGUGAGCAGACCCUCAGCAGCACAUCAGGAUGUACUUGGCCUCUCAUGGUGUGGUACAGCUUGAAUAAGCAAAGGACAGCAAUCAGGCUGCUCUGGGAUGUUCCUGCCUCUCUGUGCUGUAGGAUCCAGCUUCUGGCAAUACCCCAGGUUACAGGCAUAAGGGAAGAGGGGCACAGCCACUCAGUGAGAAGCAUUUGGGAUCCACAGCUGUGAAGCUGAGGCAGGAAAAGGCUGACAGGCCAGGCAAGGAAUCAAAACUGAAAAAUCCUUUUUUAUUCAGCAUCUACCAGCCUGUAAAUGCAUGCAGAAUUCAGUAAGGCAGAGGAGUCAUUGCUUGAGGCCUGGGUGUGUGAGGGCAAUGAGAAAAGUUGAUUUGGAAAAGUGUGCAAAAACAAGCACCCACUCACAGGAGAAGUUAUUUCUUUUAUUUUGUCUGCCUCUGAGCGCUUAGGCAGAAGUCAUGUGAGCUUCUGAGCUGCAGGGACAGAAGCAGAGGAGAACGCAUACAUCAGAGCAGCGUGCUGCUGGAGCACUGACAGGGGGAGAGGGAAGCAGAGAGAGCCUGGGAGGGAAAAGGCGAAGUGGUAGGAGCUGGAACAGCAGCAACUGCUGCUACUACGCCGUAGCUCAUGCCCAGGAGUCAGCUCUGCUGCUAGCAUGCAUCUAUGAGGGCUCAGGUGCCUUGGGUUCAAAAGUCCUAGAAGAUCUGUGGCACUCCCGGGAGCCAAGUGGAUGCUUUUUUUUCCUGUGAAGAUCUGUCUGAGGACUCUGCUCCUUCUCCCGGAUUGAGAGCAUCCUUCCUCCUGCAGUCUGCGCUCUCUUCCCAGUCUCUCUCCUGUCUGUGGGGGCCGUGGCCUCUAUGGAUGCCCCUGUACAGAUUUUCCGUGAGGAGCUGGACUCCACCUGCAUGCCGGGGCCCUGUCGCCCCCCCAGCACCAGCACCAGCUGGCCCCUGGGCUGGGCAGACUAUGACAGCAAUGCCACCGGGACCUUCGGGGACACCCAGCACAACCACACCAGCAUCUCCCCCUCCAUUCCCAUCAUCAUCACCGCUGUCUACUCGGUGGUCUUCGUUGUUGGCUUGGUUGGAAACUCUCUGGUGAUGUUCGUCAUCAUAAGAUACACAAAGAUGAAGACAGCGACCAACAUCUACAUUUUCAACCUGGCUAUGGCAGAUGCGCUAGUUACCACGACUAUGCCUUUCCAAAGCACAGAGUACCUGAUGAACUCUUGGCCAUUUGGGGAUGUGCUGUGUAAAAUAGUUAUUUCGAUUGACUAUUAUAACAUGUUUACCAGCAUAUUCACACUGACCAUGAUGAGUGUUGAUCGAUACAUUGCUGUAUGUCACCCUGUGAAGGCUCUGGACUUCCGUACUCCCCUUAAGGCGAAGAUAAUCAACAUCUGUAUCUGGCUGUUGUCCUCAUCUGUUGGCAUAUCUGCCAUAGUUCUUGGAGGUACCAAGGUCAGAGAAGAUACUGCUAGCACUGAAUGCUCCUUGCAGUUCCCAGACAGAGAUUAUGUAUGGUGGGACAUCUUCAUGAAAAUCUGUGUCUUUGUCUUUGCAUUUGUUAUUCCAGUACUCAUUAUAAUUGUUUGCUAUACUCUGAUGAUCCUGCGCCUUAAAAGCGUACGACUUCUCUCAGGGUCUCGAGAAAAAGAUCGAAACCUGCGCCGCAUCACCAGGUUGGUUCUUGUGGUAGUGGCAGUUUUUAUUAUCUGUUGGACUCCUAUUCACAUUUUUGUGCUGGUUGAAGCAUUAGGGGAUGUGUCCCACAGUACUGCUGCUGUAUCCAGCUAUUAUUUCUGUAUUGCUUUGGGAUACACCAACAGCAGCCUCAAUCCUAUCCUUUACGCCUUUUUGGAUGAAAACUUCAAGAGAUGUUUCAAAGACUUCUGCUUCCCCUUUAAGAUGAGGAUGGACAGGCAGAGCACCAGUAGAGUUCGAAACACCGUGGAAGACCCAGCUUACAUGAGGGAAGCAGAUGGGACAAACAAACCUGUAUGACUAGUCGUGGAAAUGUCGUCUUACUGUCCGCAAGAGAGAGAAGAGUCCAACGAUCUUGGACUGACACAGAUUACCACUGCAGUUUGAACUAGACUCACUCAGACAGACAUUUCUGGAAUAUUUAAGAAGUCCUAGUAGUUUGAACUAAACCAAGUUACUGACAUACAAGGACAUCCUGAAAAUAAGUUCAAAUGUAGAGGACCUGAUUAGUGGUCAGACUUCGGCACCAUAAUUACUGUAGUUGAGCGGGACCUACUACACAUUUCUGGGGAGAGAGGAGAUGCUUAUUGUUGUGCUAGAUAAAGAAAGCUCUGGGUUUUCUCUUUAAACUACAAGAUUAUCUUAAGUGACUUUAGGUUAUAACACUGAGUUAUUCCAAAAGCAUAGAUUUGCCCAAAUAUUGAUUACUUCUGAAGUAUAUAGUUUGACAACAUGAUUUGUCAUAUUAUUUUACAGUGAAGAGUGUUAUUUAUGUUUCAGCAGAACACUACCAGUACUAAAAUCACUAUUCCCCUCAACUAAUGUGUUUGUGACAUUUGUCUGUUCUGUGAAAAUGCAGCUUAAGCAUGAACUGCCUACAUAUCAAAACAAUUUUAUUGUGUCUGUGUAUGGUAAAGCAUUGCAGUGCUUAAAAAUACUGGGACUUAAGGAAAAUUGUUAGUGUAUCUUUUGCAUGUGUUUAAUCACCUGUCUGUAAUGUUUUCUAUGUGUGGUUUUCCAAGAUGUUUGUAUACUUAAGAGUAUGGAUAAUAUAAUACUCAUUUUCAGAGUGUAUUUUCAUCAAGAGAGUAGAAAACUUCACAUUCUUCACUUGUUACAAGUCUGAUGAAAAACUGUGCCACAUUCUUUAUAUGGGAAUAAAUAGUUUAAUUCCAUUUUUAGUAAAGGGAACAUACAUAAAAUAGUGCUGUACUCAUUUUCCUGAACAAUUUGUUAGCAGACUAAAAAUAAGUAUUCUAAGAGCUUUUAAAACCUAGUGAUUAGCAAAUGGAUUAACUGAAUUGCUACAAAGCAAAUGAAGACUAAAUAUAUUGUCUGAUUUCUCAUAGAAUCACAGAAUAAUUUGAGUUGGAAAGGACCCCUACAGGUCGUCUAAUCCAACUCCCCUAGAAUGAACAGGGACACUUACAGCUACAUCAGGUUGCUCAGAGCCCUGU